GGGUGUCCUUGGGCAGCAUAUGAAUGUGGGCGGGGGCCAUUCCUUCUAGCCUAGAGCUCUAAACUUGUUGUUCUUGCUUCUCGGGCGCCAUAGCUAGAGCUUCACAAGGCACGGGAAGGGAUUGCGGUUUCCAUAGCUAGAAUCGAUCGAGAGAGGAGGCGCGGCAAGCGAUGUGGCCCGGAGCUCGCGAUAAUCUGCAUUCGCCUGGGGGCCUGGGAGUGGCGGCAGUGAUUCUCGAGCGCUGAUAGGGUCAGGACGAGGAGCGCGCGUCGAAAUAUCGGGUGUUGGAGCGAGCGCUGAUCUUGUCAAUGUCGUUUGUGGAGCAGCCGGCAGGGAAAGGAUUCGCGGAGGCGGCAGGAGGAGCGGCAGCGGGUGCGGGAGGAGGAGGAAUCGCGCCAGGAGGAGGAGCGGUGGUGAGGGAUGAAGCAUCGUGCAUAGUCCAGGAGAGCAGCGGCGACAGCGGCAGCACGCUCAAGGCGCACGACUACAUCGGCCUAUCGGAGGUAACAUCGAUGCCUCUCAAGCCGGAUAGCGGCAGCAAGCCGCUGCCGGAUCUAAACCUGGGAGAGACCGAGCUCCGCCUCGGCCCUCCCAAGAGCAAGGAGCCAGCCAAGAACAAUGUCGCGGCCGGCGAAGCCCCCAAAUGGCAGCACGAGAAGGUCGAGCAGCCCAAGAGCGAGAAGAGCAACGAGCCAGAUCUGUCCGGGGGCAACGUUUUCUGGCAGGCAGCAGCGCGGAUGAUCCCGCAGGAGGUCCAGGCGCCAUCGCCAGCGGCGCACCAGGAGAUGAGCCAUGCCGCCUACUGCAAUGUGGCAUCCACCGCGGCCAUGGCUGCCAACAAGAACAAGAGGGUCUUCUCCGAGGCGAUUGGCAGCAAUGGGCAGUUCGUGGAGGGGCGGUCCGUGAUGCCCAAUCCCCCCGGCAUUGUGGUGGCGGGCUCUCCCAGCAACCCGGGCACUGGCAAUGGCGGAGCUUCUUCCUCGAAUCCUGGAGUUCCAGUGGCUCCAGCGCCAUCGCAGCCCAGCAAUGGCAAGGCUAGCGCCACUGCUCCGCCGCUCAUGCCGUCUUCCAUGUACCCAUGGAACAGCUCCAAGCAGCUUCCAGCGGCGUGGAGGAUGGGUCUGGAGCAGUCCAAGAGCUCGUUUGGCCCCUUCCCUUCGUCUUCUCGCAUGGCACCCAAGAUGGGCGAUGUCGACAACAACAAUAGCAACAGCGGGAGUCCAAAUAGCUCGGGCCUCACUUCGCACAACAAGGAAGACGCUACAGAGGAGGCUGUUCCUUCGGCAAGUCCACCGGUUGUGGGCUGGCCCCCAGUGCAGUCUUUCAGGAAGAACUUGGUGGCUCAUCCUCCACCUCCACAGCACAAAUCUACAGAGACCACCACCAAGAAUGGUGUUAGCAGCAACACUUCUGCUCCAGCUCCGGCUCCUGCUGCUGCGAACGCUGCUACUGCCAGUCCCUUGUUUGUCAAAGUUUACAUGGAUGGCGUUCCCAUCGGCCGGAAGGUGGAUCUCAAGGCCAACAACAGCUACGACAAGCUGUCUACCGUUCUCGAGGAUAUGUUUCUCCGAUUCAUCACUGGUCAGAAUGGCACUCCAGAGGUCUCGUCUAUCCGCGAUCCCGGCGAGAAGAAGCUCAACUUUCUCCAGAGCUCCGACUUUGUGCUGACUUACGAGGACAAAGACGGGGAUCUGAUGCUCGUCGGUGAUGUUCCUUGGGGGAUGUUCACUGGAACUGUGAAGAGGCUUCGUAUCAUGAAAGGCUCCGAGGCGAUUGGCCUUGCUCCACGGGACAAGGCUCAGGCAUAGAGAAGAAAAAAAAAAGGAAGAAAAAAAGAAGAAAAAAAAACUUUGAUCCCACUGUUUUUUUUUUCUCCCCCUUUUUUCCCCAUUUUCGUUCUUUGGUUUUUAUAUUCUUUGCUUCUGAGAGUUCUUCUGUGAGAGUUCUUCCGUUUGAUCUUCGUGAGCUUGUCACGAACUCCCCCGUGGACUUUCUGAUCUCUUUCUCUCUUUCUUCUUGAUGUUGGUGUGCAAGCUUUUGAAGAAUCCCGCAAGGGUCUCUGUGCAUUUGGAGUCUUUCUUAUUUCCAUCUCAGUGUGGUCUUGUUUUUGUGUGCUUUUAAAAUUUUUUUUCUUCCUCCAGCAGCUGCUGUGUUUGAGUGAGCUUUGCCAAUAAAAAGCUGGAUUGGCUUGUUAUGCCAUAUACUUUUAUACAUAUAUACAUAUAUCUAUACUAUAUAACC